AUGGCGACAAACAGCGGGAGCAAGCUACUCCCCCUCCUCGUCGGAGGCGGCGCGGGCGCCGCGGUCACGAGCAGUGACAGUUCCUGGCUUCGAGAACUGAUGCCCGACUUCGCCGCGCGCCUCUUCUCGGCGCUAUCACCGGCUGGAGCGCCACCGCGCGACACAACGGCUCUCUCCGCGUCAGUGGCGGCGACAGAGGCGGCCGUCGCCUCGCUUAAUCAGGCCGUGCGCGCCCAGAGUGGGCAGGGCGCGCGCACAUUUCUGACGAUCGCCACGGUUGCGGUUGCCGGCGGCAGCAUGGCCGUGUGGCGGUUUGGUUGGGAUCGCGUGGGCUGGGCGUCGCUGCACGAGCUGCGCAAGGGGCUGGGCAACCUCAAGGCGUCAGUCGAGGGGAUGAUCUCGCAGCUGCGUACCGAGCUCUGCGAGCAGCUACUCGGCGUUCAGCAGGGGCUUGACGAGGCGAACGCAGCUGUCGGCAAAGUUCGCGGCGCUGUGGGUGACGUCAAGGAGGAGCUGAGGGCUGCUGCCGCAGCGGUGGCGGCGAUGGAGCAGCGAAUGCUGCGCGUCGAGGCAGCGACGAGGCGGUCGGCCGACGGUGUCGAGCUUCUCGUCCACCUCGUCUCCACCACCUCCCUCUCAUCGGGGGCCUCGCCAGAGCUGGCAGCCAGCCUGCUUCA